CGUCAAAGAAACGCAUACGUUGCAAACGGAUCCAGUCAAUUUUAUUGGUCCAUGUCCCGAAUAUACUAAAAUUUAGCCAAUGGUAUAGCUAUUCUGUAUGUGUAUUAUGUCAGCAAACAAAAACUUCUGUCAAAUACGCCGUGUUAAGCUGUCAUUGGUGGUUGUGUUUUAUCAUAAAAAUAUGAGUUUUUAGGAUUAUAGAUAUUCACAUAGCACAUUUGUAAUUUAAUUAAAAUUCUAAGAAAAGUAUGUCCACAUUUACAUCAAUUUAUGUAAAUGUGGCAAUUGUGUUUAUUAAAAUUAAUUAAGUUUACGCCGAAGACUGGUUAUUGGUAGAAAAUGAAAGUCACCGGUUUCUUGGUUCCUGUAGUUCUUUUAGCUCAUUGUUUCAUAUCAGUUUCUAGUUCAGAUAUUACUAAAAGCUAUGAGAAAAAGUCUAAGUCUGUGACCAGUUUCGUUAGCGCCAAAUGGGAAGCUACUCCUAUCGUGUUAGAAUUGGCUGAAUACCUCGCCGCUGAAAGUACAGAUUUGUUCUGGUCGUUUGUGGAUGGAAUAAAUUCACUCAAAUCUAGUCUAGACGGUUUGGAGACUGAUAAGGAGGUGUAUGAUGCAUGUAUUGGUGUGGCAAGUACAUUGCUUGCACCGGCACAGCUCCGCAUGGCCAAGCUGUCCCUAUCCAUGCACACCACAUCACCAACUGUACGCAUGUUUGAUCAAAUAGCCACACAAAAUGGGGCAAAGGAUGUACAGUGUGACUCCUUUGUGGCAAUUGCCUCUAGAAAAGUUUGUGAUAAUGAUGCAUUGAAGGAUUUAUUGAAAUUAUACAACCAGUAUGAUGCUGAAGAACACAAACUGGAGACAUAUCUUUUGGACCAUUCAUAUCCAACUAGUGACAACAAGAGUCUCACAGCUAUCUUGUAUGGAGAACUUGGUAUGAAAGAUUUUACUACAAAACACAAAAUAUUAGCAGCAUAUGCAGACAAGGGAGCUAUUAAUUAUGUUGUGAGAUGGAGUGUGAAGCCACGAGGAAGGCCUAAGCUGCGACUGUCUGGAUAUGGUGUUGAGUUGCAACUGAAAAGUACAGAAUACAAAAGCCAGGAUGAUUCCACACCCAAAGAGUCUGAUGAUGGGGAUGCACCUACACAAUCUGAGGAAGAGGAUGAAAAUGACCCGCAGAACCAGAUAGAUGGGUUUAAUUUUGGUAAAUUAAAGAACCUGUUCCCUGCUCUUCGAACUCCUCUAGAGCGAUUCAGACUUCACUUAUCCGAGUCUAGCGAAGAAUUGGCGCCACUAAAAGUGUGGCAGAUGCAGGCCCUUAGCAUGCAGGCCGCCGCCGCCGUAGUGGACGCGAACGACGCGGGCGGCGACGAGGCGCUCAGAGUACUUACUUCGAUCGCACAGAACUUUCCCAUGCAGACAAAAUCCCUGAUUCAUGUGAACGUGCCGCGCGCAUUCCGCGACGAGGUACUGCACAACCAGGACGUGUGGUCGUCUGCGCUGGGCCUGCGCGCCGCCGAGCCGCUGCUGCUGGUGUCGGGCGCGCAGCACGACGCAGAGGAGGUGGAUGUGCUGGCGCUGCUCGCCGCGCUGCGCGACGACGUCGGGCCUAUCAACACGCUGCAUGCUAUGGGACUGUCAAAGAAGUUGAUCAAUACACUGAUGGCCCUUGAACUGGGAGAGACGUUUUCCAAAGAGGAGUAUGGGUUGGACAUCCGCGACACGUCGAUCACGUGGCUCAACGACUUGGAGACUGACGAGCGGUACCGACGGUGGCCCGCCUCCUUUAUGGAACUGCUGCGGCCCACCUACCCUGGCAUGCUGAGGAAUUUAAAGAGGAAUAUUUAUAACUACGUGAUCGUGGUGGACCCGACGUGCGCGCAGUCGGGCGCGCCGCUGCGGCUGGGCGAGACGCUGCUGAAGCACGCGACGCCGGUGCGCGUGGGGCUGGUGCUGGCGCCGAGCCGCCGCCGCGCGCUCGACGCCGCCGUGCGCUCCGCCUUCAACUACAUCGCGCAGGAGAAGAACUCGAACAAGGAGGCUUAUUAUUUUCUCGCUCAGUUGUUGAACCCACCUCAAGAUGAAAUACUGUCUGUGGACAUUGUGAAGAAGUAUUUGAAAAAGUACGUCAGCAGUAAUUCGAAUGUAGAUGACAUCGUUUCCGAAGACUCCGAAUACAACUUUGGAAGGCAACUGGCCGAGGAGUUCGUGUCUAAGAUUGGAUCAGAUGUUUAUCCACAGGUGUUGGUAAACGGCGUGCCGCUGUCUGACGAGGGCGUGUCGGCGGGCGGCGCGGCGCCGGCGUGGUCGGUGGAGGCGCUGGAGGAGGCGCUGGUGAGCGCGCUGUCGCGCCACACGGGCCGGCUGCAGCGCGCCGUGUUCCGCGGGGAGCUCGUCGACGCGGACGACGCCGUCGCCUACCUCAUGAAGCAGCCGCACAUCAUGCCCAGGCUGAACCGUCGCGUGCUCGGCACAGAACCGUCGCAAUAUUUGGACCUGACUGGUGUUCCUUCAUCACCUGAUAUUUUCUCGGACGACAAAAUACACAAACUUGCGCAUUUAACAGGUCGUGAUAUUCUAGCUACAGUUUUACCCAUUCUAAAAUAUUUCACAAAAACCAACAAAGCUGAGCAGAUCACACAAACUGUAUGGGUGGUCGGAGACUUGAACGACAAAGAGUCGAGGGAACUGUUGAGGAACGCCAUUACUUUUAUGAGGGAAUCGGGUGGAAUUCGUGUGACUUUCAUUCCGAAUGUGAACACCACUGCCGGUGUAGACCAGUCGCUGAACAAAGUAGUGGUUGCGGCGCUUAUGACGCUUCAGCCCGCUGAAGCUACUAAAUACGUCGCACGCCUGCUGGAGGACGAAGGAUGCCACGAGAGACAGGACUGCGAUAUAUUGCCGGAGCUGGUGGGGUCGCUGGAGCGCGCGGCGCGCGUGGUGCGCGCGGCGCUCGCGGUGUGCGCGCGCGGCCUGCGCGUGCGGCCGGCGCAGCGCGCGCUCGUGCACAACGCGCGUCUGCUCGCGCCGCUGCCCAAGGACGAACCCUUCACUGUCGACGACUUCAUGCUGCUCGAGCGGUUCAGCAACCAGAUGUAUGGUGACAAACUCUCUGAAGUACUGGACAAAAAAAAGACUAAAAAUGAUGUUCUUGACGAUGAUGAAGAGGAGACGUUGUCGAUAUCUCGCGAUGUGCGGCUGCAGCUGGUGUCGGUGCUGGCGGGGCGCAGUCCGCGCACGCGCACGGCGCUGCCCGCCGGCCUGCGCACGCAACACUCGCUCGUCGACCUGCCGCCCCUCUAUCCCGACGAAGCCGCUGUAGAGAUCGUAGCAGUGUUGGACCCCGCGUCGAGCGCGGCGCAGCGCCUCGCGCCCGUGCUGCUGGUGCUGCGGCGCGUCGUCAACUGCCGCAUCAAGCUGUUCCUCAACCCCCAGGAUAAGAACUCAGAUAUGCCGCUGAAGAGUUUCUACCGGUUCGUGCUGGAGCCGGAGCUGCAGUUCUCGAGCAGCGGGUCACUGAGCGGUGGCGCGCUGGCGCGAUUCUCUCGGCUGCCGCACGCACCGCUGCUGUCAAUGGAGCUGCGCACGCCGUCCAACUGGCUUGUCGAGUGCGUGCGCUCUGUAUACGACCUCGACAACAUCCGACUCGCCGACGUGGACACCCUCGUGCACAGUGAGUUUGAGCUGGAGUACUUGUUGCUGGAAGGACACGCCUGGGAUACCACUCUGGGCACUCCGCCACGCGGCUUGCAACUCAUACUAGGCACCAGGGAAAAACCGGAGCGGAUGGACACCAUCGUAAUGGCCAAUCUCGGCUACUUCCAACUCAAGGCUAACCCUGGCGCUUGGAUUUUGCGUCUUAGACCGGGACGAUCUGAAGAAAUAUAUGAGAUUGUGGGUCACGAAAAUACAGAUACUCCGGCCGGCAGUGAGGAUAUCCAAGUGCUGAUGAGCUCGUUCCGCAGCCACGUGAUCAAACUGCGAGUGAACAAGAAAGCUGACAAACAACACCUCGACCUGUUAGUUGAAAACGACGAAAAGAACUCCGGCGGCAUUUGGAACUCUAUCGCUAGCUCAUUCGGCGGCGGCGAGGAACAAGAAACCUCGGACGAGACAAUCAACGUGUUCUCGGUUGCGUCGGGACAUCUCUACGAGCGCUUCCUCCGGAUCAUGAUGUUGUCGGUGCUCAAACACACCAAGUCGCCGGUCAAGUUCUGGUUCCUUAAAAAUUAUCUCAGUCCAUCGCUGAAGGACAUCCUACCGUACAUGGCGCAAGAGUACGGGUUCGAGUACGAGCUGGUGCAGUACCAGUGGCCGCGCUGGCUGCAGCGGCAGCGCGACCGCCAGCGCACCAUCUGGGGUUACAAGAUACUCUUCCUGGACGUGCUGUUCCCGCUGCAAGUCAAGAAAAUCAUAUUCGUCGACGCCGAUCAGAUUGUACGAGCUGAUUUAAAAGAGUUAGUCGAUUUGGACUUGGGAGGAGCGCCUUACGGGUACACACCAUUCUGUGACAGCAGGAAAGAAAUGGAAGGUUUCAGGUUCUGGAAGCAAGGUUACUGGCGCAACCACCUGCAGGGCCGGAGCUACCACAUCAGCGCGCUGUACGUUGUAGACCUGAAGCGGUUCCGACGCAUCGCGGCCGGAGACCGCCUGCGCGGACAGUACCAAGCGCUCAGCCAGGACCCCAACAGCUUGUCCAAUCUCGACCAAGACUUGCCGAAUAAUAUGAUUCAUCAAGUAGCAAUCAAGUCGUUACCUCAAGAAUGGUUGUGGUGUGAGACGUGGUGCGACGACAACUCCAAGAGUUACGCUAAGACUAUUGAUUUGUGCAACAACCCGAUGACGAAGGAGGCGAAGCUGUCGGCGGCGAUGCGCAUCGUGCCGGAGUGGCGCGCGUACGACGACGAGCUGCGCGCGCUGCAGGCGCGGGUGCGGCGCGGGCUGUACCAGGGCGCCGACCACGACCAGGAAGUUGAAGUUAACCAGGAAGAUCUUACGUCAACUUCAAAUCAAGAAAAACAACACCAUGAGAAACAUGUUGAGUUAUGAUGAACUAAAGUGAACAAUAGUUUAAUAUUAUACAAUAAUUCCAAAUUUGUUGAUUGGUGUGCGUGUCGACGUUGAGUGAAUGAACCAGUGAUUGAUUACAUACUAAGCUCAAUGGUGUACCUAUAGAUACUAUACUUUAGCAGUUUAUUAACACUACAUUUUCGUUUGCAUAGUAUAAUUAUUAAUUUCACUUUUUCUUGCCCACUGAAUAUUAUGUGAUGCAAAAUAUAACAUUCAAAUGAUACGCUUGAUUGGUAUCUUAACAUCUUGUUUUAAAUCAGUGAAUAAAUAGUGAAGAAAUAAGUUGGACUGUAGUUGCCAGAAGAUGUUUUUUCGUUUUUGUGCAUAUCAUAUUAAUUAUAUGAAAUUUUUGAUUUAGGAAUAACUGAUGUAAUGUGUAUCUUAAACACUGAGGUAUUUACACAUUGCUUGAGUGCUCGACUUAACAAAGUAGAUCAGUUCGGAUACGUACACAGGUUUGCGCGCGCACAGAAUUACACUCGUAAAUAUAUGGCGCACGGCAUGACGUCACAUUAACUAGCCAAUCACGACGCUUAAUAAUGCGAUCAAUGACAUUACGACUGGCUUAGAUGGCACAGAAAUCCUAUUGAUUAUCGAAAUCCGGAAAUUACUGAAUUACACAAUUAUAAAGGUGGUUAUACAUGUUAUGAUGACUUAAUUGUAACACAUCGUUUAUUACAACAUGUGCCGGUGCCAUUAUUCUAUAAAUCUUUUGUAAAAAGUCCCACUGAACUUUUCUCUAUUUGCAGCACGUCUCUCUAUGCAUUUACAUUAUAAGAAAAAGUGAUAUGAUUUUCACCGUUUUGUAUGUGAUAUAAUGGCUUGAUUUUGUUUUAGAAUGCUUGGCGUCUCCGGACAUAUCGUUUUAUUUUUUUAUUGAAUUUGUUAAUUAUAAUUACCUAUUUCAUUUUGUGAUUUUUUCCUAUAUGUUAAUAGUGAAUUGGAGAAUUGGUUCAUGAUUAUGUAUGUCAUGUCAGUAAGAAUGUGCAACAAAUAGCCUUGCGUCUUUAUACAAAAUCUUUUAGGUCGAUUUUAGUGCUAUUUCUAUUUAUAACAUACGCCGUGUGAUCUAAAAAUAGUGAUCAUUAAAUAACCUGUAUAAAAUAGUUUGUUUUGCCUAACAAUUUCAUACAAACUGUAAAUAAAUUCCGUAAAAGUAA